CUGUGAAAAUCAAGAAGCCAAUUAAGACCAAGUUCCGCAUGCCAGUAUUUAACUGGGUGGCUCUGAAACCGAACCAGAUCAAUGGGACCGUUUUCAAUGAAAUUGAUGAUGAAAGGAUCUUGGAGGAUUUAAACGUGGAUGAAUUUGAAGAAAUAUUCAAGACAAAAGCCCAAGGGCCAGCCAUCGACCUUUCUUCAAGCAAGCAAAUAACUCAGAAAGGAUCAAACAAAGUCACGCUUCUGGAGGCAAAUAGAGCUAAAAAUCUUGCUAUCACCUUAAGAAAAGCUGGAAAGACUGCCGAUGAAAUAUGUAAAGCUAUUCAAGCAUUUGAUUUGAAGACGCUGCCUGUAGAUUUUGUUGAAUGCCUGAUGAGAUUCCUGCCAACAGAAAAUGAAGUGAAAGUGUUGCGGUUGUAUGAGCGGGAAAGGAAGCCCUUUGAGAAUCUGACAGAUGAGGAUCGGUUUAUGAUGCAGUUCAGCAAAAUAGAAAGGCUGAUGCAGAAAAUGACCAUCAUGGCAUUCGUUGGCAACUUUACUGAAAGCAUACAGAUGCUCACACCGCAAUUACAUGCAAUUAUUGCAGCAUCUGUCUCCAUAAAGUCUUCUCAGAAACUCAAAAAAAUAUUAGAGAUAAUCUUGGCUCUGGGCAACUAUAUGAAUAGCAGUAAACGGGGAGCUGUCUAUGGAUUUAAACUUCAAAGUUUAGAUCUGUAUCCCUUGAAAAUGUUCUACUAGAUGUAAAGGAACUCCAAAGGGGUCUGGACUUAACAAAGCGAGAGUAUACUAUGCACGAUCACAAUACCAUGCUAAAGGAAUUCAUCCAGAGCAACGAAGGGAAAUUGAAGAAGUUGCAGGAUGAUGCAAAAAUAGCCCAGGAUGCCUUUGAUGAUGCUGUGAAAUAUUUUGGAGAAAAUCCCAAGACUACUCCUCCAUCAGUCUUCUUCCCAGUCUUUGUACGAUUUGUGAAAGCUUACAAGCAAGCAGAAGAGGAGAAUGAACUGAGAAAAAAGCAAGAACAGGCAUUAAUGGAAAAACUACUGGAGCAGGAAGCAUUGCUGGAACAACAAGACCAAAAGCCUUAAAGAAGAAUAAUAUCACUAAAUUUCCAAAUGUUCACUCGAGGAUCUUAGAAAUCAACCCUACCGACGAGCCGAUGCGGUGAGGAGAAGCGUCCGGCGGCGUGUUGACGAUCAGAACCUACGUGCCGUCAAUGGUGCUGAACUGGCUAUGUGAGCCGGCUGGGAGAAACUGUGCCUAUAAACCAGUUGAAAGUGCCCUUGAUUGCUUCCUCACCAUGCGGACUCUGUUUGUGUUGCCAUUUUAAUUAUGGCCUUGUUCGGAAUUCCUUUAACUUAGUCUUCUGAAGGGCUCAGUAAGGACUGAAAACGCAUAGGAACGGGAAAAAAAAUGUAAAGCAAAAAAAUAAAAAAAAUGGGCUGGCCAUACAACUGUAGCUACCAAGUGCCUAAAUUUCAAGGACCUACUCAAAUUAUUGAAAGCAAUAGGACUCUUUUUUUGAUUGGGUAACUUUUUACACCAAUAAAAUUUCUUCAGUGUUCUUAACCAAAAUGUAAAAUACAUAAUGUAUUUUUUUUUGUUAUUGUUACAUACAGUUUAGUAAAUAGCCUUCAGUGGACUUUUUUGAUUUCAUAACAGGUUGUAAAUAGGGAAUAUUCUGAUAAGAGCUGCUGUAGAUUUUUUUAAUAUUUUCAGUACAUUCCUGAACACUUUGAAGAGUUAACUUUGAGCUUCAGCUGCACUUACUAGCAUUAUAUAGAUAUGUAUGUGUGUGUUUAUAUACAUGUGGGUGUAUAUAUGCACACACAUAUGUGUACAUGUAUGCAUGGAGAAGGACUUUAUCAUAUAUAAAGGAGCAAAAGAUAUUAAAAUAAGUUGGACCCUUUAAGAACAUUUAGUUCACUUUAAGGCUGAGGGGAAAUAUCCAUAAAGCCAAUGUUAAGGGAGAUGUGAAUACAGUUGGCAAAGGUUUAAAGCUAAUUGGUUUAGCUAGAGGGAUUUCUGCUGUAAAUACAAUGUGGGAAAAAUAUGGGAUUUAGAUGAACACACUUGCCUGUUUUCAACUUCUACCUAGUACACACAGUUGCUGGUAAAGGUAAAUAAAACGAGGUGAUAUAGCUGAAGAGGAUGGGCACACUGCAAACACAGUUGUUGUGUUUUUUACGUAGUGGCAAGCAUAACCUUAACCCUAACCCUGGGGUAACAAUGUUAUUUAUUAAUUAGCACUAAGGUAUUAACUUCUCAAUAAUCAGUAUUAGAACUCAUAAGGAUCACAAACUGCUCAAUUCUCAAAAGGGUCAAAAGGCAGUGCCCUCCGAACAAGGUUAGGGUAACAUUGCAGGAAUGCUGUGGGAUUCCGUACAAAGGAAAUUACGUAGUUCACUUCCAUUUAUGCUUUGCACCAAUCCAUUUUCAAUGCUUCUGCACUGGAUUCCCUUCAGUUAACAUUCAGGUUACACAAGCUGUUGAAUGUAAUGCAGUGCAGCAGGAUACCAUCCGGCACAAAAUAUCAGGUCCAAUUAAAUUGAUUUAUUAUUACGCAUGCCCAUGCACAGGGAUAUUCUUAGCUAACAGUUAGCACCUGCUUGGAGUUAGACAAGGGUCAACAGAAUUCAAAAGAGGUUGGACUUAGUUCACUUGUGGCUACGUAUGGAUUCUAGGCUGAUCCCUCUUUUAACUCCUCCCCCAGGUUCUGCCAUACCUUCUCCUAGGCACACUUGGAAAAUUCAGAUGAUUAAUGCUUAGAUAUCCUCUUUUUGGAUUGGGAUGCUCACAUGUUAAACUUUAAGCUAACUUUAAUGGCUUAUUUAUCAAUAGUGCUUCAAGAAAGGACCCUUGAUUUUUUUUCUUCUCCAAAGUAAAAAACUGGAAGUUAAGAGACUCACCUUGCCUACAUUCUUCCCAUUGCUGGUAGCACUGCAUCAUUAUGUUAAUUGUAAAAUUUAUUGUAUAGUAUUUAACCACUUAAUUUUUUUUUUUUCAUAUCGUGCUUCUGUGAACCACUGGUCAAGGUGGUUAUUAUUCCUUUGAUAAUGUGUAGUUAUAUAAUGUUUUUAAAUGUACAGAUAUUUUGCUACAAAAUUGGUGCUUUUUUAUGGUUUUUACACUUCUUUUUAAUUCCCACUCUAGUCUCGGGUAAUAUUGUAAAUAUUGUUUAAAAAUGCAUCAAUCUGUGCUAUACAAUCUGAAUGUUCUUAACUUAUAGUUUUGUUUUGUUUUUAUAUUUAACUAAAUGGACAGUCUGGGGCUCAAAAGUUGUUUCAUUAACCUUUGCUUGUCUCUUUACAGAAAAUUUAUUUUAAACAACUGCCAACAUGCUGACAGAAUCCAGCAAUGUAUAUUUGACAUGCAAAAGAGAACAUGCCAUUAUUACAUCUUUUCCAUUAUGAAAGAUGAACAUUUUUAAUUUGGGUAAAAUCCAGCUCAGCAAUAUUAUUUAAGUUUCUAUAAACAGCUGCAAGGGAUUUCCUAGUAUACUGCAAUACUCCAAUAUGACUAAAUAGGCUGCAAUAUUGGCAUGUUCUCUUGGAUCUUUUAUCUAGUAGAUAGAUCUGCUUCUUAGCAAUAUUAUAGGUGUUUUAUAAAAGCAAUUCAUGUUACUUUUCUGAUCUGUUCAUGGCAUAUGACUGAAUAAACUAUUUACACAACUA